AUGACGAUGUUAUACAUUGGUGUCAGUGCCGAUUCAGUCUGCUUUAGGCGGUGCACAAGCCACAAUUGCACCAAAUAUCUGGCCUUGGCGCGCUUUAGAUGUGAUGCUGCUCAUCACCAACAUCAAACCGCUCCGUCGCCGAAUCCAGGCCGAAUCCCUGCUUGCCCAAAAAAAGGGGGUUUCCGGGCGCCAAAUCUCAGAGCGCACAGCACUUGUGGCCAUUUCUCGUACCACGGCCCUCGUCAGCAGCGACACCGCCUUUGUCAGGACGCACGCACGCACGAUUUGAUUGAUGGGGAUGGGAGCAAUCAAACGACUGCAGAAGAAAUUGGCUCUACGCACCCCCUUCGGCCUGGCUGGCUCACUCCCCCUGUAGCCGUCCAGCCCACACCACUCUCUCUGGACGCGGUCACUUUCAGGCAAGGAAGAUGGAAGAGCAAAAAAAGGCACAGGACUGCGAGAGCCACUGCACUGGGGGCCGCCGGCUGGGGCUCUGGAACCACUGAACCACUGAGGAGCCCAGCAAGGGCCAGGCCAGACCCGGACGCUUCCCAGGUACGGAGCACAGGUGUAGCCGCACCGGUACCGUCCUGCCCUGCGCUGGCUGUACUCGCUACCUCCCUCCGCGGGUACCUCUCCGUACCUAUAGUACACGACAGGGGUCCCGUACCGCUCAGCUCGUACCCUCCUCACCCGCUCCUCUCGCUGCGCUGUGCUGCUGCUGCUGCUGCUGUGCCUCUACCUACGGAGAUUCCCUAG